AUGUCGUCUGCGAUUGCUUGCGUCCUUGGCUCAAGGGACCUGCUCCGCCAGAUCUUUGGUUACCAGCUGGGCCUUCCGCCGCAGUACCGGGCGUCCAUUGCGCGCGUCGACGUCUCGUGGCUUGUACGACUAUUUGCGACGUCGUCCCAUCCGCGCAGCCCCGCUGUCGUCCACGCGCACCUCCAGUGGACCGAUGAGCUCUGGGCGGCUUGCGCAACCUUUGACUGGACGUUUCUGCGCGAAGCCAAGCUGGCCUUGUGUCUAGGCCUCCUAGGUGGCAACAUCUCGGUCGUCGAGGCGCUUUUGGCGACGAACCACAACUCCGUGCACAAUAUCCAGUGGCGCGUCGCUGCCAGCUUUGGACAUAUGCAUCUGCUGCAAUUCCUCGCUGAGCAUGACGCCAACCACUAUACGCCCGAGGUGCUGCACAACGCAGCGUUUAGUGGACAUGUCGAAGUCGUUCGUUUCGUCCACGAAAUCGGCGCUGUCUUGGACUACGCCUCAUUUGCCCACGCCUGUGUGCAAAACCAUGUGGCCGUGGCCGAGUACCUCUGGCACGAGGAGCCAGCGCUCCAUGUGCUGCCACCGUUUCUUGUGCAGCGUGUGGCCGAGAUGGGCCAUGUGCCCGUGUUGGUCUUCCUUUUCGAUCGUUUCGGCGGCGUUGGGUUCACGCACAGCGCGAUGGA